CAGAAUAUUAUCACACACAACGACUUGUUUCUCGUACUGUGCGUGUCUUGUACAAUGGAUUACUCUUAUAUACCAGUGAUCUUACUAUCAAUCAUAAUUUUGUUAUAUAGUUACUUUACGAGAACAUUUAAUUAUUGGAAAAACAAAAAUGUUAAAGGACCGGCACCGAUUGUGUUUUUCGGAAAUCUAUUGGAAUCGACUCGUCGUCGUAAAAACGUUGGUGUUGUUUUCAAAGAAAUAUACGACGCCUUUCCCGAAGAAAAAGUGGUCGGUGUUUAUAGAAUGACCACACCCUGCCUUCUCCUUAGAGAUUUGGAUGUAAUCAAACAUGUAAUGAUUAAAGAUUUCGACACAUUCGUAGACCGCGGCGUGGAGUUCAGCAAGAGUGGCCUCGGUAUGAACUUGUUCCAUGCGGACGGAGACACGUGGCGAGUCUUGAGAAACCGUUUCACACCAAUAUUUACAUCUGGAAAACUUAAAAAUAUGUUAUACUUGAUGACCGGCCGCGGAGACAUCUUCGUUAAUUACAUCAAAGAGCUUUGCAACGGGCAUCCUACAGAAUUAGAAGCCCACUCACUCGUUCAGAAGUAUACAUUAGCUACAAUAUCGGCGUGCGCAUUCGGCAUCGACCUCGACUCUUUCACUCCCGAAAACAUGAAGACCUUGCAAACUGUUGACAAGCUCAUAUUUACUUCCAGCUAUGCACUUGAACUAGAUUACAUGUAUCCUGGCAUUCUAAGGAAAUUGAACAGUUCAUUAUUUCCUAAAAAGGUGAACGAAUUUUUCGAUGGUCUUGUGAAAACAGUCGUCAAGUUAAGAGAUGGUAUGCCGACGAAUAGAAAAGAUUUCAUGGACCUUCUUUUGGAACUGAGACAACAAGACAAAAUAACAGGACCGAAAAAACGUGAAGAUGAAAAUGAAAAGAUAGUGGAACUCACUGAGAGCUUGAUAGCUGCACAGGCGUUCGUAUUUUAUGCGGCUGGAUACGAAACUAGUGCUACGACUAUGUCUUUUCUUUUGUACGAGCUGGCCAACAACCAAGACGUACAAGAUAAAGUUAUCGAAGAAAUAGAUACCAAAUUAAAAAAUCACAACGGUGAAAUGACGUAUGAAAUGCUCAGUGAAUUAAAAUAUCUUGAAAAUGUUGUUUCGGAAACUUUACGGAAGUUUCCUCUAGUAGAACCUUUACAAAGGAAUGCAGUGAGAGAUUACAAGAUUCCCGGUACUGAAGUGACUGUUAAAAAAGGCCAAACGGUUCUCAUAUCUCCUUUCGGUAUUCAAAAUGAUGAAAAGUACUAUCCCAACCCAGAAAAGUUCGAUCCUGACCGAUUUAACCCAGAAAAUAGCAAAGACAGACACCCAUGCGCGUAUCUACCAUUCGGCGUUGGACCCAGAAACUGUAUCGGUAUGCGGUUCGCCAAACUACAAAGUCACAUAUGUAUCGCCAAGCUGCUGUCCAAUUUCAGAGUCGUGCCAAGCAAGAAAACUAUGGUUGAAAUGGAAUUUGACCCAAAACGUCCAAUCAUGGGACCCAAUAACGGUGUCUACCUUACUUUCGUACCUAGAGAUAUCUGAAUAUCGAUUUUCUAUCAAAGUCUAAUUGUAUUUUUUAAAAUAAACGGAACAACUUACUUACGUAAUAUUAA